AUGAUGGUCUCAAGACCUGUCGCCCAGUUACCUGUCGGCCAGCUGCCAGUAAAUCCACUUCCUCCACCGCCGACUUCGUCGACGGCGUCGUCGGUACCAUCUGCUGCCAGCCCGCUGGCAACAUCACUGCUGAUGGCUACCACUUCGGCUCAUCUCUCGAGCCCUCAGCAGCUUGCCAGUCCAAUCCAAGUGGCGACAAACUCAGCUUUUCGACCAAUCGUUCCUCAUGCGUUGUCACCGAACGAUACCUCCGCCAUUGCUGGCGAUUCAUUUUUCCUGUCCGCCAUUCACUCGUUCGUGCUGUCAUCCCCUAGCGACGACUCCGCCAGCGACUCUAAUCACUCCUCAUCAGAUCGAGCUACUAGCGAAGAGUUUUCCGCCACGACCCUCCUCUGCCAGGUGUGCUCGGACAAGGCUAGCGGUUUCCACUACGGUGUGUUUGCCUGCGAAGGAUGUAAAGGAUUCUUCCGUCGAUCUAUUCAGCAGAAAAUUCAGUACAGACCGUGUACACGAAGUCAAGAGUGCUUAAUUGUUCGAAACAAUCGUAAUCGUUGUCAGUACUGCCGGCUGAAGAAAUGUAUCAUGGUCGGCAUGUCACGAGAUGCCGUUCGUUUUGGAAGAGUUCCGAAACGCGAGAAAGCGAAGAUGGUAGAAGAGAUGCAGAGAACAUCAGCACAGUCGCAACUGGACGCUUUGGCGGUGCAGUUCGAGAACGAAGCAGAAGCCAUUGAGAGGAUUGCUGCCGCCUUCACAUUGCUUUGUGGAACAGUCGAGACCUGCAUUGUACCGUUACCAAAUGGGCGUUGUCCACUGCAGUUUCACUCGUAUCUAACUGCAAUCAAGGCCGUCGUCGAUUUCGCGAACACAAUUCCUGGAUUUCUGUGCUUGGCGCAGGCAGAUCGUAUCCAACUUUUGAAGAGCUGCGUAUUCGACGUACUUUUGUUGGCAUCUGCGUCGCGUGGUACAGGUGCCGAAACAGCGUUGCCGUCAUCGCCCCUGCUGGCACACUCUCUGGUGCACUUCUCACAUCGCCUACGAUCGCUUCCUACCGGCUGCGCCUCUCUGCUUGCCGCAUUGGCGGUUUGUCAGCAAGACGUACUGCUUCCACUCCCGUCACUUUCAACACGUUUGGUUGAACGUCUGUGGUGGCUCAUGGCUCGAGUGGGUGGCCCUGCUACGUUAGCUGUUGCACCGUCACUUCUGGCUGACGUUCGCACUCUGCGAAUGUGGCACAACGAUCGCCUUCGGACACCUUCGGCAGUGCCCACAUGUGUGCCUCUCCCUGCACCCGUGGCCGUCGAAGUUUCGCCUCCUGCAAGAUCGUUCCGCGAAAGGCACGCUUCUAUUGCAUCACUCCUGGAGAAGCCGCCCGUAUGCUUGUUGUCGCCACGUUCUGUUUCUAGCGAACCCAGCGUGAAGAUGGAGAUCAAGCAAGAGGAGAACGAGGAACCAUUGAAUCUUUGCACGCGAGAGGAGACGAAGGAUAUCAAAGUAUGGAAUUCCGUGCAGCCCGCGAUGUCUCCGCGAAGUGUAUCAGUCGCUCGGAGCACACGACACGAGCGAAUUCUUUUCGAAAUCGACCUGAAAUCAACGCUUUUCUCAUCCGGUUUCUCAGUAAUAGGUGAAGAAUAG